AUGGGUACCAACACAUAUGCCGAGAAUGGGGAAGCUCCAUACUUUAUGAACGGGCAACAUAAUAUUACCCUGCCUCACGAAUCUGGCAAUGGUGGUCAUUACGACAGCGAUGCUCAGUACUCAACCGACAGCCGCUCUGGUAGACACCGAGAAGUCGAAGAGAGCAACGCCACCAGGUCUAGAAGUCGAUCAAAGCCGAACGGUGUAACGCGUCAAAAACCCUCCAACGCACAGCUGAGAACCUGCAAAAAAUGCGGUGAAGGUCUUACUGGGCAAUUUGUUCGUGCUCUGAAUGGGACAUUUCACCUCGAUUGUUUCAAGUGCAGAGAUUGUGGUCAGAUCGUUGCCUCAAAGUUCUUCCCCGUUGAUGACGAAGACGGUACUGGACCCUAUCCUCUCUGUGAAACUGACUACUUUCGUCGGCUGGACCUGCUUUGCUACGAAUGUGGUGGAGCUCUUCGAGGCUCAUACAUUACGGCACUGGAUCGAAAAUAUCAUAUCGAGCACUUCACCUGUUCGGUUUGUCCAAUCGUAUUUGGAGCCCAAGACAGCUAUUACGAACACGAUGGCAAGGUAUACUGUCAUUACCACUACUCCACCCAAUUUGCACAACGCUGCAACGGGUGUCAGACCGCGAUUCUCAAACAAUUUGUUGAGAUCUUUCGCAAUGGAGCAAAUCAGCAUUGGCAUCCAGAAUGUUAUAUGAUCCACAAAUUCUGGAAUGUACGCCUUGCUCCAGGUGGUACUCCGGCGGAGCCAGCAGAAAUUGAGGCAGAUGUCUCAGAAGCUCAACGCGAAACUGUGAAAGAAGAUGAGGAAAGGAUGGAGGCCAAAGUCUACCGUAUUUGGAGCAUACUUUCGACCUUCGAGGAGUCAUCUGCCGCGUGUAUCUCUGACAUGCUCCUCCAUGUAAGCAAUGGAGCUUAUGUUGACGGGGUCUUGGUAGCCAGGAAAUUUAUCUGGCAUGUUGACAUUCUUUUUGGGGCAACCGACAGACUUGCCGACAUGAUUGCAAGGUCUUCUCUGAAAGAGCUUUCGUAUGGGCGAGAGGCCAAGCUCCUAUGCAAGAAGAUUGUUGCGUUCUUUACACUCCUUUCGAAGACGCAGGAGACUGGCGUGCGGAAGCUUGGUGUUACGCAGGAAUUGUUGUCUCUUGUAACAGGUCUCGCCCAUUACCUUAAGCUGUUGAUCAGGAUCGGAUUGCAAGGAGCGCUGAAGCUCGAGCGGGAAAAACAGUCCGCCGAAGGUUUACAUCGCUUCCUCAGCGAGUUGGAGGAUUUAGAGUCUCUCAAGGAGCGAGAAACGACCUCUCUGGAUCUGAACGAUAGCAACACAGAUCUUGCUCACGCAGAAUCCGAUUGCUGUUUUGCUUGUAGAGAGCCUAUCGACGACGAAUGCGUUCUACUCAACGGGCGAAGGUGGCAUCUGAAGCCGUCCCAUCUCAUAUGUGCCAGCUGUCAGCGAGACCUUAGCACCGACUUUCAGGAAGGCACUGUUAGUGAAGCAACUGGCAAAGUAUAUUGCUCGAAACAUCUAAACCGGGCUCAGGAUGCCUCCUCGGGCUUUACGUACGUCACCAAAUUGCAACAAUACGUCUUUCUCCUACGAGUUGCACUUGCACGGUUGCUUCAAGUCCUCAAAUCAGGUGGUACCCUUCCUCACACCUCUGACGAUCCAAAUCUCAAUCCUUAUGAGGCCAACGAAGGUCAUCGCGUCUCUCCGUCCGGAGAGCUUUCAGCUCCCCACCAAAGGAUCAAUUCCCGCUCUCGGUCCUAUGCAGGUGCAUUUCGUGAACCUGCAGCGGAAUCAUCCCUUGAGCAGACCGUUGGCGAAAUGAAGCGGCUUCGGUCAACGCGUAAUGAACGGACUCUAUCUACCGCCUUUCGAAAAUCUAGAGCGUCUCGCAUAUUAGACGGGCCGAAUGGCAUCAGACCUGGAUCAGCUGGAGCUGAUGGGUCCGACUCCAAGCAAUUUCAAAUAGUCGAAGAACGAGACAUCGAUGGCAAGACCCGUCCUGAACUUACAUUUGGCAAUCAGGACGCGCUGACCCUAGACGACAUUCCUCGGAUCGUGGCGGCCGAACAGGCCAAAGAGCAAAGACCCAAUGCUUACCGUCACGCCCGCGAAAAUCUGUUCGCCUCUGGUGACCCCGCUCCGAGGUUGGUGAAUGGGCAUCGAAGACCUACCUCUGCAGGUCCAAAUGAGCUUCUAUCAGGAGAACCUUCUGCAACGCGGACCAAGCGAUUCUUCUCUGAGCUUUCUGCACUAGAGUAUUUUAUUGUUCGUCAUCUUGCGGUGCUGUGCAUGGAGCCACUGCUUAAAGGACACUUUGAUCUGGAAGAAUUGGUUGCCCUGAUCGACACAAAGUCUAAAGCGUCUUUUUGGGACAAGAUCGGCAAAGCGUUCAAAGCCGAUGGUAAGACCAAGAAAAAAGGUGUCUUUGGUGUUCCAUUGGACAAUCUUCUUCAGACACAGGCCGCCGAAUCAACUCAUGGCGUGGGACCGGGUGCUCUCAAAAUCCCGGCACUCCUUGACGACUCCGUGUCUGCUAUGCGACAGAUGGACAUGUCAGUGGAAGGCGUGUUCCGAAAGAACGGCAACAUCAAGCGUCUAAAAGACAUGGCCGAGCAGAUCGAUGCCAACCAGAUUCCAGAUCUCAGCCGCGAAAACCCCGUGCAGAUUGCGGCCCUCCUCAAAAAAUUCCUACGUGAGAUGCCAGAUCCGCUUCUAACUUUCAGAUUGCACAAGCUCUUUGUGACUUCGCAGAAGAUAGAGGAAGAGAAGAGAAACCAGGUCCUCCAUCUCACUUGCUGUUUGCUGCCCAAAGCCCAUCGCGACACGAUGGAGGUUCUUUUUGCGUUUCUGAAAUGGGUGGCGUCUUUUGCACACAUUGACGACGAGUCUGGCAGCAAGAUGGACAGUCACAACCUCGCCACAGUAAUGGCACCAAACGUACUGUACACAAGUGCCAAAAAUCCAACAGUCGAUGACAGCUUCUUGGCUAUCGAGGCGGUAAAUCAACUGAUCAAAUCGAACGAAACGUUCUCGCAGUUGCCGGAGCAUAUUCAGUCCAUUCUCGCCGACAGCAAUUUACAUAACGAUCCUGCGGAAAUAACUGCUCAGCAAAUCCUGACCAGGUACGGAGACAUCGCCAGGGGUCAGGUUCCAGUCCACCAGCAAAAUGCACAUCCGCCAGACGCACCCGCACAAACCCCACUAUCUGCUGCCUCAAACAGGUCAAACGCUGCUCCGCUGGCAACUCGAGUUGACGUUGAUCCUUACCAAACCAACGCAUGGCAGAAACAGAGUUCUGUUCGGCACGUGCAAGCGCCUGGAGCAGCGUCCUACCCAGCCGGACAGCCAAGUCAAUCUUAUAGUGCUCCUGACAGUCCAUUCCUGCGCGACCGAGCAGGAAGUGCGAGUAGCCAGGGCAGCUUUGGUGCAGCUGAAGGUCGGCGAAGUUAUUACAUGAAGCCAGGGACACCCGGAGUCGUCAGUUGA